UGCGGCCGAGGAGGAGGGAGGAGGAGGAGGAGGAGGAGAGGAAUCAGCAGCGAGGCUGUGGGGAGGGGAGGGGGGGUGGGGGGAGAAGACGAAGGAAAAAAAGGGGGGGGGAUCUGAGGGCCCCCCCCGCAGACCGGCAGCCGAACCGCCGCGGCGGGCAGCGAGCGAGCGAGCGGGGCCCGCAGCGCUGCGCCCAGCCAUGGACAAUCAGUGCACGGUUCAAGUCAAAUUGGAGCUGGGGCACAGAGCCCAACUGCGGAAAAAGCCCACCACUGAAGGGUUCACUCAUGACUGGAUGGUGUUUGUCCGUGGCCCGGAGCAGUGUGACAUCCAGCACUUUGUGGAAAGGGUGGUCUUCCGCCUACAUGAGAGCUUCCCAAAACCCAAGCGAGUGUGCAAGGAGCCCCCAUACAAAGUGGAGGAGUCUGGCUACGCAGGGUUCAUUAUGCCUAUUGAAGUGUACUUCAAAAAUAAGGAGGAGCCGAAAAAGGUUUGUUUCACAUAUGACCUGUUUUUGAAUUUGGAGGGAAAUCCACCAGUGAACCACCUUCGUUGUGAGAAGCUGACUUUCAACAACCCGACGAAGGAAUUCAGACGCAAACUUAUUAGGGCUGGAGGGGUGAUGGUAAUGCCAGAAGGAGCAGAAACAGUUUCAAGACCAAGUCCCGAUUAUCCUAUGUUACCCACAAUACCACUUUCUGCCUUCUCUGACCCUAAGAAGAACAAACCAUCCCACGGGUCAAAGGAUGCAAACAAGGAAAGCAGCAAGGCAUCCAAGCCACACAAAGUAACCAAGGAGCACAGAGAGAGGCCAAGAAAAGACUCUGAGAGCAAAAACUCCUCCAAAGACCUUGAAAGAGAACAAAACAAGCCUUUGAAGGACUCCUCCAGAAAACCCACUGAGAACAAACUGCCUAAGGAGGAGAAAGCACCUCCAAAAGCUGCUUUCAAGGAACCAAAACUGGCCGUGAAGGAGACCAAACUGGAGAACACUUCUCCAAAGGGUGGGCCGCAGCCGGAAUUAAAGUCUUCCAGCAAAAGGCCCUCCAAUGUGGAGUCACCAAAGCCUAGUGCCAAAAAACAAAAAAAGAGUAGCUCCAAAGGGGUAAAAAAUAUUCUGGGAACAUCUCCCAGAACCUCAUCUUCCUCAUAUCCAGAGAAGAAACCAACUAAGGAGAAGAUGAAUGCCAAAGUGGAAAAGGUAAAAUCUGAAAGUGAGGCCAAGGAGAUCAAAAAGCCUGUGGAAAUGGAGGAGUCAAAUUCAGAAGAUGAAACUUCUUUCAAGUCAGAGGGGGUUAAGUCUGUCCAGUCCAGCCCUUCCAACUCCAGCUCCAGCUCCGACUCCAGCUCUGACUCUGAUUUCGAGCCAUCUCAGAACCACAGUCAAGGCCCGCUGCGCUCCAUGGUGGAAGAUCUGCAGUCAGAGGAGUCGGAUGAUGAUGACAGCUCCUCUGGAGAAGAGGCAGCAGUCAAAGCAAACCCAGUCAGCCGGGAUUCCAGACUGAGCCUUAGUGACAGUGACAGUGAUAACAGUGCGGACUCUUGCCUGCCAAGUCGAGAGCCGCCUCCUGGUCAGAAACUGCCUGCAGCAAAUAAUAAGGCGUCUGGAAGAAAAAGCCCAGAGUCUUGUAACAAGCCAGAAAAGAUCCUGAAGAAGGGAACGUAUGACAAGGCCUACACCGAUGAAUUAGUGGAGCUUCACAGGCGACUAAUGGCACUACGAGAGCGCAACGUGCUACAGCAGAUUGUAAAUCUUAUUGAGGAAACCGGGCAUUUUAAUGUUACCAACACAACCUUUGACUUUGACCUCUUCUCCUUGGAUGAGACAACCGUCCGUAAGCUGCAGAGCUACUUGGAAGCAGUAGCAACAUGACGCUUGGCCUUAGAAGCAGGCUGCUUUUGAAACCAGAAAUCCCGUUUAUUGGUACCAGGAAACGAACCCAUGGAACUAGGCCUUCUUAUUCUCUCGAUUCACCCGAAGCACUGCCUUAGAGAACAGCCAUGCUCUAUGAAUGCACAGCCAGCUGCACUUUCUUGUAGGCUUCAAACAAGCACCCAUAUUGCUGAGUCUGUCCUCCAUAGCUUCAUAAGUCCACUUGGGCACAGGUCCUGAGUAGAGCAAAAGACACGCUGCACCUAGCUGCAGUGCAACACUUCUGGUUUUACUUCAAGAAACUGUGUUUUAAGAACAGAUUUUCAGGCGUCUCUGAGAGCUUAAGAAGUGUGGAUGAUGUUUUCUUCACUAAAUCUUGGGACCAGCCUGCCUGCGGAGCUCUAGCAAGUCCGAUUUCCUCCAGCUCUGUGAUGAAGCAUUCAUGAUGUGUAAGCAGGAUUGGCUUUUACAAAGCUAACCGAGAGGCUGAUGGCGGAGGAGGCUUCCUAGGGGUAUUGUUGGUCUGUUGUGGGGAAAAGUGGACAGAUUCCAGCUUUGAUCACUUGCAAGUUCUGCUGCAGUUUGGUACAGAGCACUGCUGUAAUUUGGUUCCCAGCUCCUGCAGGGCAUCGCUCCACACACAGGACCUUACUCUGUUUCAGCUUCCUGGAGAGACCGUUUGUGCUCUUUGAAGAGGCCUCUCGAAUCUGCUGUCUCCCGCUGAGGUUUUGAGACAUCUUGUUUGUUGAUCUGAGCUCCUAAACAAAGUCUCACUCCUUUCAGUCUGCUUUAACUCUAAUAGGACUACAAAACUGUAAGCUGUAUAUUUUAUAUAUAUAUUAUAUAUAUGUAUGUACUGUAUGUAUAAGAAGGGCCUAGUUGGGUCUUACGAUUUUAAGGGUGUGUUUUUCUGUUAUGUUUUUUAAUGGCUAUGGCAGGGGAAGGGCGCUUAAUAAGAUUUGACUUGUUUGUUAAAAUGCCUCUUGUGGACAAUUUUUAGUGUAUGAAAGCUGAACAGCGAUCUUCAAAGCAUUUUGUGCUCUGGAAGGGACUCACCUGUUGUCUUUUUCAUUUGUCAGUGUUUAAUAACUUUGCCAAAAUAUGUGAUUGGUUUUGUUCUAUGUUCUCAAAGAGGAAUCUCCUACAGUGGCCCCUAUAGUAGUGGCUGUACUUUGGGAAAACCAAAACAAGGGAGAAUUUUAUUUUGGGACGCACCUGGAAAACACUGAUGUAACAACCAAGUGAAAUCAGGUUUGUUUCCUCCUCCCUCUCCCCCCACCUCGCACCUGCUCAAGAAAUGGCAGGAAACAGUAAACACUAAUCCAGAAUCUUUCAUCUAUUUCUAGUCAAACUAGCAUGGGCUUCAGGAGUUGUCUGUAUGCUGGCUGGGUGUGGGGAAAGUCAUGUAGCUCUUAUCAAAACGGUAUUACACUCCUGUUCCCUAAAUCCAGUAUUUUUUAUUUUUGAAGAAUUGCUUCUUUCUUCCAAUCAGUGUGUAAGCUUUUGCCAAAUGUUAAGUGGCUGCUGGCAGUGAGGAGGAGAGCAGCAGUUCUGAGGAGCCCUCUGCUCAUGCACGCAUCUCUUGUGUCUAUAAAAGCCCUGUGUAGGAACUGGGGAGUUGCAUUGUUCCCGGGUUUGCUGUCCCUUCUCCAUCAUGAAAUUUCAAUCCCUUGUUUUGGGUUACCCCUUUCUUUAUCAUGGAAAUGUUGCAACUAAUCAACUUAAGUGGCAAUAUGAUGAUAAGCUUGUUUGAGUUGGGUCAUGUUGACCCGAUUCCCAUUAAUUUUCUUUGUACCAUCUUUCAUGUGUCUCGUGUGUGUGUGUAUAUACAUAUAUAUACAUAUAUAUAUGUGUGUGUGUGUGUAUAUAUAAAUAAUCAAGCUCAUGCCAGGUGCGUGCCCUGUCACAACAGUGAUCUCAGCUGUUUUUUUCCUGAUGAACAAUGCCAAGCCUGGAUAGAAACCCUGUGUACAAAUGUACUUUGAGAAGGUGGAGGAUGGCAGGAAGAGGAGGAGCUGUGAUGGCCUUUGUUGGCAUCGAAUGCCGUGUGCAGGAGGACAGCAGCUGCAGUCCAUGAGCGUUCAUGGAUUCGCCUGUUUGUGGUGCCAGGUGUGGUGGGUAUGCGUGAACUGCUCAUGGUCCCUGCUGGGUCUGUGGCAUGGAGGAAGUGAGUCUUGCUCAGCUGCCACAGCCCCACGCUGGGCUCCCUAGGCACGUGGCAAAGCCCCUGGCACGUGGUGCCUCCUGCCGCAAACGAUUGGUGACACUCCCUGUCUCUGAAGCUGCAUAACAGCGCUGGUGGCAAGCCCAAGCCUGAGAUCCCUCUAGGUCUUUGGUCCUCUCUUCACUGGGGUAAUUAACUCCCACAGCUGUUGUGUCCGUGUUGCCCACCCUGGCAGCUUUUCUCCUGGGACUAUCAGUAGCCUCCAGAGUAACCACAAGGGACUGGAGGUGCCACCACCCUUCUGCCCCCUUCACAUGUUAAAAUCUGAGUCGUCACCGCUGCCAGCUAGUCCAAGAACACACGUGGGCCAGUGUUCCUGAACUUGGCUGGAAGCACAUGGGGCUCCUGCCCAAGGCUGUGGCAUCGUCCUGUCCUGGAACCGACUUUAUUCGUGAAGUCUAAUGAGCAUUGAUGGGAAUUUUGUUUUUAUAAGAAGUAUUUUACACAUGGAUUUUUUUAGACUGUUUAUAAUCUCCUUGAAAACCCAAAAUAGGAUUGUUCCCCAGCAAUAGUUCUCCAUUGUGUGCACAUGCUGAUUUGUUACUAAAAGGUUUCUUGCAAGUACAUAGUUGUUCUACAGAGUUGUUGUUUUUUGGGGUGUGUGGUAGCAUUGGGGACCACAGGAGGAAUGACUCUGCAAACCAAGAUUUGUCAAAUUUGGGCCUCAUCUUGUGUCCCCUUCUAGUUACAUAUGAACGAGUUCCCUGUGUAGAUUCUCUAUAGGCUGGCUGAAUGCUGUUCUGAACAUGCCGUGUACAGGUAUUUGUGGAUAAAGUGUUUGUUCUUGUGUCACUCUUGAGAGCAUGGAUGGAUUAUUGUACAAUAGGAAGGAGGGGGCAGUGCUGCUGUCAGCAUUGCUUCAGGUCUUCGAGGAUGUGUAGUAGCUUGCAUUAUUUAAAAAAGGAAAAAAAAAAAUCCAAAAUUGACUUCUAGCCACAAUGGUUUUUCCAAGGAAAAUGGGCAGAACUCUGUUACUUUUCUGUGUCCUUCAUCUUGUUACUGAAGGCAUGAACAAGUGCUGACCAGUCUGAAGGCUUUCAGAGUUGUUCAGAGUUGCUUUGAAUUGAAUCGUGUUGGAGGUAAGAUCAGGACGCAGCUUUUCCUUUGUCCUUGGCCUUUGUAUUAAAGGGCAAAAGAGGGGUCAGGAGUGUUUUCCUGUUGUCUUGGUCUGGUAUGUAUUAAGCCUUGAGGCUUUGAUUACUGACAUUUAGUAUUAAGAUGAGGAAAAAAAAAAAAAAAGGAUAGUAAGGCUGGCUGGCUCCCAGAACACCAGCUAAGGAAUAUUGGAUAUGUUGGUGAUGAGACUGGCUAUGCUGUGGUCAGGCUGAAUACAUGGAAGUGCAAUGAUUUUUGCCACCAGUUCUUAUACUGCUGUGUGUGGUGGUGGAAGCAUCAGAACUAGCAAAGAAAUUGAUGCAACAAUCCAGAAACAAGUUUUUGUCAGAUCUUGAGAGUAUUUGAUGGUGAGAGGUUUAAACGUCCCCUCUGGAGCUUGCCCCAUCCCAUUCCCUGUGAGCAGAGACCCAAGUCACUCUGGUUCUGCAAGCCUCAACUGUCACAUUCUCGAAUGCACUAGAGCACGGUCAGUGUACUUGGAGUGUCUCUGCACUAGCCCAGCUGCCUGCCACACGCUGCUUGGCAUGCUGAUACUAGAGACAGCCCUUGUACACCUGGUAUGAGUAUUACUUCUAAAAAGAUGAGAAACGAUUGGUGUUGCUUACAUGGGGGCAUGAAAUAGCCAUCAAAAACUGAAGAGAUGAGUUUGCACUCCUAAAGAAAAUAUAAGUACUUCAACUUCUAGAUAAUUUUUAAUUGUAUUUCUGCCUAGAAUCAAGGUAUUAAAUACCUUGUCACUUGAGGAUUUUAAAAGUUGUGUUGGGAAAUGAAUUCUUCACUUGGCUGUAAGAAAUUCAGCUGGCCCAAGACUAACUUCAAGAUUAAAAAAAAAAAAAUCAUGUUUGUAAUACAUUACAGGAUUGUUUGUCCUGAAUUUUAAACCUUUUUGUUAAAUUUGUGGAACUAUGGAGGAAUUUUCUAGAAAAAGUGAAAUAAAGUAAGAUGGAAAAGUAAAACUUCA